AGAUUCAAGUCUCCUAUGUAAGGUUUGGUUUUGGGCUCCCAGGUUCACUGGAAUGAAUAACAGUUUUCUUCUUUCUCACCCAGAGAGCCUCUCUUUGGACUCCAGUUGCUUUUCUUCUCCACCUGUGAAUUUCCUUCAAGAGUUGCCAAGCUACCGGUCCAUUGCACGUAGGAGAACAACCAUCCUUUCCCGAGACAAGCAAAGUGGCACUUUACUGAAGCCAACAGACUCUUACAGCUCCCAGCUGGAGGGAGGAAUGACCGAAAACCUCGACAGCCAGUCCAUUCGGAAGUACGCCCUGAACAUCUCUGAGAAGCGGAGACUGAGGGACAUUCAGGAGACCCAAAUGAAGUACUUAUCUGAGUGGGACCAGUGGAAACGGUACAGCAGCAAGUCUUGGAAGAGGUUCAUAGAGAAGGCUCGCGAGAUGGCGACCCACCUGGAGCUGUGGCGGGAGGACAUUCGCAGCAUAGAAGGGAAGUUUGGCACUGGGAUUCAGUCCUACUUCUCUUUCUUACGGUUUCUGGUGUUGCUGAAUUUGGUGAUAUUUUUGAUCAUCUUUAUGCUGGUUUUGCUUCCAGUCUUGCUCACCAGAUACAAGAUCACCAACAGCAGCUUUGUGCUCAUUCCAUCCAAAGGCGUGGAUAUUCAAUGCACAGUAUAUCCAAUAAGUAGUUCUGGACUCAUUUACUUUUACAGUUAUAUCAUAGACUUACUUUCUGGCACUGGUUUCUUGGAGGAUACCUGCCUCUUCUAUGGACAUUACACCAUUGACGGGGUGAAAUUUCAGAACUUCAUCUAUGAUCUGCCUCUGGCUUAUUUGUUAAGCACAGUUGCCUACCUGGCCCUGAGUCUUCUCUGGAUAGUGAAAAGGUUUUUCUUUGGUUCUCAGGCAGAUCUGGAGGAAGAAAGAAUACGGCAGAAAAUAGCAGAAAGGACCUCAGAAGAAACGAUACGGAUUUAUUCUUUGCGGCUGGUUUUGAACUGCAUUGUGCUGGCCGUUUUAGCGGCGUGCUUUUAUGCAAUCUAUAGAGCAACUAUAUUCUCACAAGAACACAUGAAAAAAGAAAUUGACAAGAUGGUUUUUGGAGAGAACCUCUUGAUACUGUACCUGCCUUCUAUUGUGAUCACGCUGGCCAAUUUUAUCACCCCAAUGAUCUUUGCCAAGAUUAUCCACUAUGAGGAUUAUUCUCCAGGAUUUGAGAUCCGCCUGACAAUCCUUAGGUGUGUCUUUAUGCGGCUGGCCACCAUCUGUGUGCUGGUGUUCACCCUGGGCUCCAAGAUUACAUCCUGUGACAACUACUCGUGUGAGCUCUGUGGCUACAACCAGAAACUCUACCCGUGCUGGGAGACCCAAGUUGGGCAGGAAAUGUACAAGCUGAUGAUCUUUGACCUCAUCAUCAUCUUGGCUGUGACACUUUUUGUGGAUUUUCCUAGAAAGAUCCUGGUGACCUACUGCUCCUCUUGGAAGCUGUUUCAGUGCUGGGGACAGCAGGAGUUUGCCAUUCCUGAUAACGUUCUGGGAAUCGUUUACGGGCAAACCAUUUGCUGGAUUGGAGCUUUUUUCUCACCCCUUCUUCCUGCGAUUGCAACCUUGAAGUUCAUUAUCAUCUUUUACGUGAAAGAGGUAAGGAGAGAUGGGGAUGAGGGGUUGAUAACCCAGACCAUCCUUGAUCUUGCAGGGUUCAGAGCAUCCAAUUCUAAUUUCUUCUUCCUGUUGGUGUUGCUGAUUGGGCUGUGUUUGGCGAUAAUCCCCCUGACCAUCAGCAUGGCACGCAUCCCUUCCUCCAAAGCCUGUGGGCCGUUCACCAACUUCAAUACCACCUGGGAGGUGGUCCCCAACACCGUGGGCACCUUUCCCAGCUCGUUGCAGUCCCUGGUCUACGGCGUCACAUCGGAAGCCUUCGCGGUGCCUUUCUUCAUGAUUAUCUGCCUCGUUAUGUUUUACUUCAUUGCGCUGGCCGGAGCACACAAGCGGGUGGUCCUGCAGCUCCGCGAGCAGCUGUCCUUGGAAAGUCGUGACAAGCGUUAUCUGAUCCAGAAACUAACAGAAGCCCAGAGGGAUAUGCGGAACCGGCUAGACUGACAGGAAGCCCUGCUGUGUGUGGCUUACAAGCUGCCGUGGUGACCUGCCAGCCAACAAAGCCCACCUGGGACUUUAGCAGAGAUUUUUUUUAAUACAUUUUUCUGAAGCUUGGGCCUUUCCUGAGAGUGGUUCCAUACGUGUGCAGCUGCGGUGGCCGUGUGUACAUGACCCAGCCCCUGUUUAGGCUUAGGGAGUUAGAAAAGCGAGUUCAGUGCCAUGUCUUUGCCUGUGGCCCAGCAGCUCAGGGACAGCUCGACCAACACACUGACUUAAGAAGCCCUUGAAGCUUUUACAACCAAAACUGAGGAGAGAGCUUUUGUAAUUUUAUAAGCUUAUUGGUACUGUCUUUUCAAGUUAACUGUAGACAUUAUCUCUCCAUGAGCCUGGGUUAAUUCUUUCGAACCAGAUUUUGGGUUCAAAGGCCGGGAAGUGUUCCUUAAAAAGUAGUGACUCUUUUGAACGGUUCUGUAGACUUAAUAUGGAGACCUGAUUGUUUUAAAUGAAGAGAAAUCCUUGAAUCGUGAUGUUUGAAACAGGUGGUGGGAGCAUGGAGAGGAUGGUUAUGUAAUUUCAGCUACGUGGUAGCAUGGAAUAUAAGAGUCAUUUUAUAUGAGAGCAAAAAGCCCUUCCUGCCACUUGAAUGAACAAGGAUCUGAAGUGCCCUGGAUUAAGCCUUAGAAGGAGGGGACCUGCUGCAGGGUGGCAGCCUGGAUUUCGUAGCUUCUGGGGCAUUUUGCUCCAGCCUUGUUACUCAGAGGGAAGCUGCCUUUAAGAGCCUGGAUAAUCCCAAGCCUUCUGUUCAACUUCUAGUCCUGAGUCUGGAGACUUGGCAGAGGGCCCUGUGCCAUCAAGAAGCCAAGUCUGUCUCUCGGUCUUCCAAACGCUGUUUCCCUUCCUGCACUGAGGUUUCUGAAUGACACUUCACAUUUCAGAGCCAGGCUGGAAAGGGCUGCUGAGUAUUUGAGCUGUGAGUCUAUGCACAGAAGUGUUUUGGCAUGUGGGUGGCAGCAUCGGACCGUCCUGUGCAAGUUUACCAAACUAGACUGACUGCUGACGUCUUAAAUGCACAUAUUCGUAUUUUAAGGGCUAUUGUUUGCCUUCUUGUGCUUAAAUUUUUUUAAUUUUCUUUUACAAAACAUGCAGAGUAUCUCUUAAUAUUUCCGUUACCAUAAAAACCAUAUGCAAGAAAUACCUCAUCUAAGCUUACCUGAAAUUGGUCACUUUAAACCUUUUAAUAUAAGCCUAGAUUAUGGUUUAAUGUAAUCAGUUGUCAUUUUAAUACCUUGAGACUCUUGUUCAAAGUACUGUAGUUUUGUAAGGGACCGUUUGUGCCUUCCUUCCAAUGUUUUCCUUUGUUUCUCAGACUCUAAACCUUUCCUGGGAGUAGCCUGGAAUUUAAAGGUGGGUGCAGGUUUUAGAAAGCUGCUGCUGUGAAGAGUAUUUCUCACCGCCCCCACCCCCACCUACUCAGAAAUGAUUGAUUCCUUCCUCUGAGGAGCAAAGCUUAGCACAGGUUGACCAUAGCUGACACAUUUCUAUAUACUUGUCCCUUGUCCCUUUGCCAGACCAUCUUUUUGCUCCCACAGAGUUAGCAUUAACACGGGAUAUUUUUAUAUCUGUGAAACUGAUGAGCUUUUCAAGCUUUUCCUGCCUUGAGCUUUAUGAAUUUCUAAGUCUAGUUAUAACUAGUAUCAUGAAGUUUUGAGCAAACAAAAGUUCAUUCCACCCUCAGUUUUUAAAAAUUCUGAUUGUUGGCGUUUUUGCCAACAAUGUACAUGCAUAACGUUCUUGCCUUCUCCAUGCUUCUGAGGACAGUUAGGUUUUCUCUGUACGUGUGUGUGUCAGUGUGAGUGUGUAAGAAGCCGUUUUCUUUCCCUAUUAUACUGAAAUAUGUUAAUAUAUUCAUUUUAGUUAAAUGCUGCUAAUUUGCAUACGUCUUACUUGAAUGUUUUUAUAUAUUUUGAUAACUUUAAUAACUGCAGGUGAUGUCUGUAUAAUUGUUAAAGUGCAGCUGUCUCUAACAAAUGUGCAUUAAAACUACUGAUUAAACUGUGUCUUGAAGAUUUUAAAAUGUGA